GGCUCGGGGCGGGCGGCGAUGGCGGCGCGCGCCCCCUCGCCUUGAGGCCUCGGGCGGGCGGGCGGAGCGCUGGGCCCGGGCCCGCCGCCGCCGCCGCCACCGCCCGCUGAGGGAAGGCCGCUCGGCUCCCGGCUCCGCGCCGCUUCCCGCAGCGCCUCUCCCCCGCCUCCCCCCGCGCGGGGGGCGAUGGCGGCGGGGCCCGGCGGCGGGGCGGCGGGGGGAGCGGGGUGGCGGCUGCCGGGGCGGGUGCUGGAGCUGGUGUUCUCCUACCUGGAGCUGCGCGAGCUGCGGAGCUGCGCGCUGGUGUGCAAGCUGUGGCACCACGUCCUGCACGGCGACGAGAACAGCGAGGUGUGGCGCAGCCUGGCCGCGCGCUGCCUGGCCGAGGAGGCGCUGCGCACCGACAUCCUCUGCAACGUGCCCACCUACAAGGGCAAGGUCCGUGCCUUCCACCACGCCUUCAGCACCAACGACUGCUCCCGGAACGUCUACAUCAAGAAGAACGGCUUCACGCUGCACCGCAACCCCAUCGCCCAGAGCACCGACGGCGCCAGGACCAAGAUCGGCUUCAGCGAGGGCCGCCACGCCUGGGAGGUGUGGUGGGAAGGGCCGCUGGGCACCGUGGCCGUCAUCGGCAUCGCCACGAAGCGGGCGGCCAUGCAGUGCCAGGGCUACGUGGCCCUGCUGGGCAGCGACGACCAGAGCUGGGGCUGGAACCUGGUGGACAAUAACUUGCUGCACAACGGGGAGGUCAACGGCAGCUUCCCGCAGUGCAACAACGCGCCCAAGUACCAGAUAGGCGAAAGGAUUCGAGUUAUCCUGGACAUGGAAGACAAAACGUUAGCGUUUGAGAGGGGCUAUGAGUUCUUGGGAGUUGCGUUCAGAGGACUGCCCAAAGUUUGCCUGUAUCCGGCAGUGUCCGCCGUGUACGGUAACACAGAAGUGACUUUGGUCUACCUGGGAAAGCCUUUGGAUGGAUGACGGAUGGUUUCGCUGGGACGUCACGAUGUGGAUGACUGGGAGGAGAAAUCUGCAUGUUGGUUAGAGGGAAACAUGUAUUAGAGACAAAAAUAAGUGUGGGUGUGUGUCCAAGAGCCGUCGAGGAAACCAUAGAGAAUUUGGAAGCGGAGGACCAGCCAUACUUCAGGAAUUACUGCAUUUCCUCUUUCUACCAGGCCAGAAAAAUCCUCAGGGUCGCAGUUGGUUGAGUGGGAAGCUGACACAUGCAUGUUGCAACAGAUUUCAUUGCUAGGAUGGCGGUGCGUGACCUCAGAUAUUUAAGGAAGGAUUUGAUAGAAAACUGCUUGAGGAAAUUAACCCGAGGUUUGUAAGUAGUGUGUUUUGUGAAAGACUCCCAUUUUAAAACUGCUUGUUCCUCCCCUCCCCUUCCCUCCUCGGGGCCGACGUGGGCACCGGGGAGAGCGAGUCUGGUUGGGUUUUAUUUACAGUUUUUAAUGUACCGAGAAGGGCGGUCUGUCCGGGCUGCCCUCCUCUGGUAUAACCAUAUCAAAUGUGUGCAGCUAUUUUUAAGUGUAUUUUAAGAAUUGUAUAUAUGGGACACGUCGAAAAGAACAGUUCAAUCAAAAGAAAGGGUUUGCUUUAUUCUAACUGGGACGUGAUUUCUCGAAGGGGCUUCAGGAAAACUUUGGAGACAGGUAAAUAACAGUCACGUCAGUGUGCUGCUUCUGUUGUGUUGUAGAGCAUUUGGGAAUGCCCUCGUGGAGUACGGUGCUGCGUGGAUUCAUUUUCUGUGUGGCUGAAGGCUUCCGUGGCUUCAGCAAUAGUUCUGUCCUCAGUAGGAAACACAACCAAAAUUGCCCUGGAAGUUUUGUUUUUCCAUACUUUGUGGCCCACCUUUAAGAAAGGAAGCUGCAGCACGGUGCUGAGCUCGUCUUCAUUUCCACAGCAAAAAAUACAAGGUUUUAAUGGCUCUCAGCUCCCAUCUCUUGUUUGCUGGUGUUUCCCAGAGCAAAGUGGGCUGUUUCAGUUAUUGAUGGUGUGAUUUUUUGGGGGGGGAGGAUGAAGUCUCUGUGCAACCAACCUCUUCUUGGUUUUGUGCUGGAGAAUGUGAGCUGCUUCAUCUCGGAUGCUGACAGUUCUCUGAGCAAGAGGAAUGUCUCUUAGGCCAUUGCUUGUUUUCCCCCCGUUAUUCCAUGAUCGGAGGAAAGCAGCACAAGCAGGUAGCUGAGAUGCCUCGUAUGCUGCUGCAGAGCUGCCUUCGCAGGGCUUUUUGCACAGUAAAUAACCAAGUUCUGCACCGGAACAGAGUAUGAAGGAGCAUUAUUACCAUUUAAAGGGAUUUAAAGUAUUUAUUUGUUUUAUGUGUCGCUUAGUGCUUAAGGGCGGUAUGGGUAUCGAGCUCAGUUUCUCUUGGCUGCGUUAAAGAAACAAACGAUACGGUGAGAAAUGGUGUUUUAAAUGGUACUGAGAGCAACUGGCUGAUGGAGUGAGAGCGACACCAAGGGAGUGCCUUUAUGGAAAACCAGUUAUGAGCGUUGGUUGGCUUAAACCGCAGGGCUCGUGCGUGCCUGGCAGAACUGCAUGGCAUGAGGAGGGAAACAAAAUCCUGUCCUGUUUCAGAGAGUAAGACCUUUGCUGAGGUGUGAGCGUGUUCUCAGUGAGACGUGGCUGCCGUGCGUGGUCGUGGAUCCAAUUAGAUGUAAGUAAACCCUGGGAACUUCGGAGGAGUUUCAUUCACAAAUGAAGAUCGAUUUCCAUUCUUCGGACUGCGUCUUACCCUAUAAAUUAUCUCCCUCUAAAUUAGGUGUGGUGAAAGCUGAACAUUCCUUAAGGGUGGGUUUGGGGGGGACUCACGUAAAACUAUUAACUUAUUCCUGGAGACCAAUGCUGGCUGUACAAAACAUUAAAAUAAACUCUGCUAUAAUUCAGAAGGA